AUGUCACCGACUUCAACUGCGUUGACUGUGAGGGUGGAGAAUGGUUCGCCUUAUCAGCUCAACCACGAGCAGACCCUCAAAGCCUCGCAAGCUCUUCUAAAGCACAUCAAAUCUUCCGAGAAAGAAAAAACAAAGGCGACCGGGAAAAAGAGUCUAAUCAAGGACGACGACGACUCCGAAGGAGACGAAGACUCAACCUCUCCACCAAUCUGGCUCGUCCUCACAACCAAAAAGCACAUCGUCGAUCAAAAACGCCUCAAGCCCUCCAAGAUCCCUCUCCCACACCCGCUCAACUCCUCAGCCAACACCACAAUCUGCCUCAUAACCGCCGACCCGCAACGAAUUUACAAAGACCUCGUCGCCUCCCCCGCCUUCCCUGCCGCUCUCUCGAAAAGAAUCAGCAAGGUCGUCGGAGUCAAAAAGAUUCAGAAUAAAUGGACGCAGUAUGAGGCACAGCGCAAGCUGUAUGCGGAACAUGAUAUCUUCCUUGCUGAUGACAGGAUCGUGACUCGGUUACCGCAGUUACUGGGAAAGACGUUCUAUGGAAAUACUAUAAAGCGACCGAUUCCUGUUUCUAUUCAACCCGCACUUGCUAAUGCGGAGGGGAAGAGGAUUACUAGAACGGAGGGGGAAAAGGGGGAGACCAGAGGAGCAGCCCAGCCGAAAACUAUUGCUGCUGCGAUUGAGAAGGCAAUUCAGUGCACUUACGUACACCUUUCGCCGUCUACGCAGACCUCGAUUAGAGUAGGAUAUUCGAACUGGAGUGCGGAGAAGCUGGCGGAGAAUAUUGAGGCUGUGGUUGAGGUACUUGUGGAGAAGUUUGUGCCGAAGAAGUGGAGAGGGGUUAAAGCGUUUCAUGUAAAGGGUGCAGAGACGGCAGCGCUGCCCAUUUGGUUGGCAAGUGAGAUGUGGGUUGAUGAGGGAGAUGUGCUAGGAGAGGAGGAGGUGAAAACGAUUGAGGAGGCGAAGGUCAGCAAGAAGAGGAAAGGAAGAGCGCUUGUGAACGGGGAAGUCGAGGGCGAGAAGGGCAAAAAGCAGAAAUUGUUGGAGAGCAACGAUGAUAAGUUGGAUGAAGAGAUCAAGGCUAGAAAGGAGAAGCUACGAUUGCAGAAGUUGGAGGCGAUGGUGGAUGAAGAUGCCGACAGCUUCAUUCCCAAGGCUUCGAAAAAGAGCAAAAAGCCGAAGGAGAUUGCGGUGUGA